CCAGGCGGAGCAUCCCCUGUUUGUCUUGAUAUACAUAGUGGGGGCAUAACUACCGAAAGUUACUUAGACAAGUUCAGCUCUAUCACUUGGACAGUUGGUUCGUAGUAACCAUCUCGCACCAUCGACCUUUAGAUACCAACUGUGAAUAUGGCAGAUAAGGAAAAGAAGAAGAAGACCAAAAAGAAGGAAGAAGCAUCGCCUGCACCAGCCCCUGCUCCUGCCGCAUCACCAACACCUCCACCAGAGUCUCCCAAGGAAAAACCAAAGAGUCCAUCAGGAACUCCCAGUGGAUCCCAGAGAGCGAGCAGCCGUGGGUCCAAACGAGCUAAGCGCGCUGGUUCCAGUGUGUUUUCUCUGUUCACACAGAAACAAGUCGCUGAGUUCAAGGAGGCUUUCCAGAUGAUGGAUCACGACAAAGACGGCAUCAUCGGCAAAGAGGAUCUACGUCAGACCUUCGACUCUGUCGGUCGUCUUGCCACUGACAAAGAAUUAGACGCAAUGAUGGAAGAAGUACCUGGGCCCAUCAACUUCACUCAGCUUCUCACUCUGUUUGCCAACCGGAUGUCGGGAGGAUCGGAUGAGGACUCUGUUAUCAUCGAGGCCUUCAGCACCUUUGACCAGAAUGGAAAAAUCAAAGGGGAUAGGCUGAGGCACGCUCUGUUGACCUUCGGUGACAAAUUCACUGUCGCUGAAGUAAAUGACGCCUUUGACAACAUGUACAUUGAUGAGAAAGGAAAUAUCGACACCCAGAGUCUCAUUGCCAUGCUGACUGGUACUGGCGAAGAAGAUGAUGAAUAAAUAAAUAAAUAAAUAAUGAUAAUAAUGAUAAUAACAAUAAGCUGGUCCAUCGUCAUUGACUUUUCAAAAAUUUAAAUAAUGAAAUUAUGAAAAAUAUCAAUAAUGUUACUUAAUUAAAAGCUGAGCCAUUUAACGGCAGGCAUAAUUGUCUAAUAUCUUGUGGACUUACACACGCGAUUAGCUGAGCCCUGAUUUAUUUUAUUUAUUUUAAAUAAAACUAAAGUUACUUAUUUAUAUUUAAUUAAUUUCUUCACUCGGGGGCAUCUGUUCGUGUAUAUAAUAAUUAUAAUAAUAAUAAUAAUAAUAAUAAUAAUAAUAAUAAUAAUAAUAAUAAUAAUAAUAAUAAUAAUAAUAAUAAUAAUAAUAAUAAUAAUAAUAAUAAUAAUAAUGAUAAUAAUUUAUGUAAACGUGUGCUGUACUUAUUGAAAAUUGUAGCAUAUGUACGACGUAAAAGAUAUAAUUCCCUCAUAUAUAUCCUUCAUUAUUCAUUUUCGUAAUAAAUAAAUAAUUUAUAAUAAUAUGAAUAAUAAUAAUAAUAUAUAAUAAUAAUAAUAAUAAUAAUGAACAAGAGACGGGUCUACCGUCAGGAGGUUUUACGAUCUUAAACUAUCGUUGAUAAAAUAAAAUUAUUUCGAAAUAAUGUUAAUAUUAAUUUUUAACACCUCUGGUUAAUAUUUGUCAUCAAUAAUAAAUAAGUAUAUAAUAUAUUUAUUAAAUACAUUAAUAAGAUAAAAUAACUCGAUUUUAAA